AUAGGCUACAUCUGUCGGUACAAACUUUGAUUGAGGAAAUGAUGGCAUUACACCACUGGAUCCACUACCCGGCUCUAGCGCUGCUGUAAUGCAGUCCCUGCUCCUGCAGGCGUUGGGUUCUAGCUGGGCUUGGCUCCAGUGCGCAUGUACUAAUUGGCUCCUGAAACAGGAACUAGCAAGAUGUCAGCCCCCACGAAUGCGACCAUGAGUAGAGUACUUGAAAACAAUGGUCGGCCAUCUUGGAGGCUGUCUCUAGUUCUUAUUAUAGCUCAGCGGAUCUAAUUACGGGCUGACUGUCAUUAACAGACGGGACAAAAUGCAAAAUUGUCCAGAAUCGUGAUUAGAUAACAUCUCCAGUUGGAAUUUCACACACAUCCCAGGACAGGGGAAAUACCGCAAUGAGGACAGGUAUCAUCUCUUGAGGAUUUUUUAAAUUUUAAUCUGAAUUAUUCGUUUACAUUUUUACUAAGGAACAAACACGACAAUGGGACUGUGCUAUAGCCUGCGUCCUAGUCUUGACGAACCCGGUGAUACCGAGCAGCCGGCGGACACCUCUGUACCGUUACGCUCCAAGGACCUUGAUCACGAGGAUACAGAGGCAUAUAAUGACAUGUCAUGGUGCCGUCGUUGUUUGUGUCACCGCAGGGGCCCUGGCAAAGGCAAACCAUUUGCGGGAGAUGCCGGUCGAUGGGACACGACUGACGGCGUGCCCAUACAGAAUGGGGGCGGUGGGGGAGCAGACCGCAGCCAGCGACAGCAAUUGCUGCAGAAAACGCUCAGCAAACAGAAAAACAAGGACAAAAAGUUAUCGGAGGAGAUCAAAAAACAGGCGAAGAAAGUCAGUAAACAUAUCGAUCUAACUCUGAAGGAGCAACAACGGGAAUACGAGCAGACUCAUCGUCUGCUUUUACUUGGGGCUGGAGAGUCUGGGAAAAGCACGAUUGUCAAGCAGAUGCGGAUUCUGCACGUCAAUGGUUUUAACGCAGAAGAAAAGAAACAGAAGGUCCUGGACAUCCGGAAAAAUGUGAAGGAUGCCAUUGUGACGGUAGUUUCGGCGAUGAGCACGUUAAUACCCCCAGUUCCAAUAGGUAACCCAGCGAACGAGUACAGAAUUGACUACAUCAAAAGUAUAGCACCUCUCUCGGACUUCGACUACACAGAGGAGUUCUUCGAGCAUGCCAAGCAGCUGUGGGACGAUGAAGGCGUGAAGGCUUGCUUUGAGCGCUCCAAUGAGUACCAGCUCAUCGACUGUGCACAGUACUUCUUGAACAAAAUUGAGUCUGUGAGGUCGAAUGACUACACACCAACAGAUCAGGACUUGCUUCGCUGCCGAGUUUUGACUUCAGGUAUUUUUGAAACAAGAUUUCAAGUCGACAAAGUGAACUUUCAUAUGUUUGAUGUAGGCGGCCAGAGAGACGAGAGGAGAAAAUGGAUCCAGUGCUUUAACGACGUGACGGCCAUCAUCUUUGUGGCAGCAAGCAGCAGUUAUAACAUGGUCAUAAGGGAAGACAACAGCACCAACAGACUCCGGGAAUCACUGGAUCUCUUCAAGAGCAUCUCGGAAAACAGCUUGGUCCUCCAGUUUCUACGGACCAUUUCAGUCAUCCUGUUCUUGAACAAGCAGGACAUGUUGGCUGACAAGAUCUUAGCAGGGAAAUCCAAACUUGAAGACUACUUCCCUGAGUAUGUUCGCUAUACAGUACCGGCUGAAGCCGUUCCAGACCCUGGAGAGGACCCUAAAGUGACCCGGGCCAAAUUUUUCAUCCGAGAUGAGUUCCUUAGGAUCAGCACGGCGAGCGGCGACGGCAAACACUACUGCUACCCCCACUUCACCUGCGCCGUGGACACGGAGAACAUCCGCCGUGUCUUCAACGACUGCCGAGACAUCAUCCAGAGGAUGCACCUGCGCCAAUACGAACUAUUGUGAUUGGUUGCAGCCCACCAUCCAGUCAGCGCUCUGCCAAUCCCGGCGCAGUAUGAUUCCACUCCCAAAACACAAGGCCCUGUUACCAGGGGGACCAGGAGAACUACUGAAGCAUCACAAUGCUGUCAUUUUGUUUGCCAUUGUUGUUGUUUUUCUAUUUUGUUUUCUCCUUCCUUUGUUCUUUUAUUUAUGGCCAAUCUUGACUUUAUUUUGUAGGUCUAAGCAGGGAUGGGACAUUGUGUGUGUGCCUCAUCUUUUAUUUCCAAUGCCUUUAUUCUGUUCAUUCCACUAAGCCUUUUUAGACAUAUUUUUUUGUAGUUUUUGUUUGAAACUAGUCAUCUUCUGUCAUUUCUGUUGUUUGAUCUGGACCAGCUGAAGUUGUUAAGAGGGUGUGUGUGUGCGUGAGAGUUGAGGGAUCUGAUGGACUCCUGUGUAUGCUGGUUCCUCCCAACACUUCUCUCUCUCUCUCUCCCUCUUUCUCUUUCUCGAGUACUUGAUGAAGGGGUGGGUGGGGCGGGCAGCAGAUGUAUCAGGUAACUUAAUGCCGUCAAGGAAGUAUACACAUGAUGUAGCACCGUGAUAUUUAUUACUCUGUCACUUUGUUUAUUUUGUAUCAUUUUAUUGCAGGAUGAUGGAGAGCGAGGCUUUCAGGCUGUAGAUUUAGCAUAGAGGGGGUGGGGCUUGUGGGAGAAUAGGAGGAUGCUGGGAGUUUGAGUCCAAUGCACCUCCGGCUGUAGGGGCAGCAGCAGCUUUCUGCCACGUGUCUAGAUGGAAAGAGAAAUACCACACUCACUUUGAUUUGCCCACAGACGGUCCUUUUUACUUAGAUCCUCUUGGGCAAGAGUUCUAUAUAUAUAUAUAUAGAUUUGUUUUUGUUGAUUAUCUUGUACAGACUGCAAAAUGUAAUGUUAUUUUGUACAACUUUAUUGAGAAAAAAACUACUUGUAGAAGAUCUUUGUGCCUUGAUAAUGGCUGUACCUGUAAAUUGAGCUCUGAUGUAUGUUGUUGACUGCCCCUGUACAGCUUGAUGUCAAACUCUAUCUGACAGUAGAGACUGCAGGUAGGGCGUCUCUCUCUCUCUCUCUCUGUAGAGGUACAUUUUUCUGGUUUAUAAAAAAGGAAAAUGUUCUUUAGUAGAAAAAGGAGGAAAAAUUUGCGAGGGGUUAAAAAAAAACACACGGAAAUCCUGUAUACAUUAUGCAAAUUAACCACUUACCUACCGCAGUGACCCCAGGUCGCAGCCAGAGACAUUGCCUUCAUCCUCCUUCYUUUUGACGGUGAACAUUUCAAUUUUUGUUUCUGAUUCUCAGCUUUAAUACAUUACAAGAUCAAUUGACGUGUCCAAAUCGCAA